AACAAGCCCCAGCCAAAUCCGAAUCAACCACCGCAGCCCUGCUCGAGCAAGUCCCUGCGAAAAUUCGAGAGCUCGGCUGCUGCUGUGAGGGCUCAGCUUUGGACGAUGACUUCAACGGUGGAGUCGCUGGUCUGCGAGUAGCCGUUGUUGGCUUUGGCAGCGUCGUCAAGGCCUUCGUAGCAGCAGCACUGGUGGGAGCGGACGGGUUUGUCACGUGCGUGGAUGCAAGCCCGUCGAACGUGUUUUUGGCGGAGCAAGCUGCUGAGAGCUAUUGCCUCGAGACAUUGGGGCUGCCUCUCGUGAAUAUGAAGUUUAUCGUGGGGGAGUAUGGCGGUAUGGAUCAGUCCUCGUCGUUAGCCUCGAUGGGCACUGAUGGACUCAAGAGUGCCCAGGGCCAAGCAGAUAUCGCUGUGUGCAACUGCUCCAUCCAGUCAUUGGAGUUCCCUGCGAGCAAGAACGCGAUGCUGGAAGUGGCGUUCAGCCUGCUGAAGGUUGGUGGCGAGCUGCGUGUGACAGAUUUGGUUUGUUCUCGGCGGCUGUCGUCAAGUGAAUGCGAAGAAGCGCGUUUCGCGAUGGAAACGAGUGCGGGAGCUGACGGACCAGCGACUGUCGGUGGGGUGACGAAGCAGUUCGAGCAGAAGCUGCUACUGAGUGCGCCGUACAUAGGUGAUUUGCAGCGCUUGUAUCGAUCGCUCAGUAGCGACAUCGACGUGCGUCGGUCAAGCUGCAACGAAGUGGACGCAAUGGCGAUCGAUGUGGCUGUGGGUGCGCUGCUCCCAACCCUUGCUGCAGGGGGAGUGCACUAUCGUCGAGUCACCUUUCGAGCAUUCCGGCUGCAAGAUGUCGAAGACCCAUGCGAAAACUACGGGCAAACAGCCAUUCUCAAGGGGGUUGAUGCUAGCACCGACAAAGCUGAAAAUCUUUCACGUUGCUAUCGACUUGAUGACGACUGGCGCUUCCAAAAGGGAGUGAGCACACGCGUUGACGGUAACACGGCUCAGAUACUGCGGACGAGUUGGCUGCGACACCUGUUCUCGGUCAGUGGAGAUCGCUCCAGGCACCGUGGUCCAUUCGCUCGGUCUCCACGGUCAGUUGAGAACGAAGCACCGAGUACAAUCCAAUCCAGUGGCACGACAACUCCCACGUCUGAACCACUCGAAAUGGUGGACAUUUAG